UCCUUGUAUUUUAUUUAUCAAUCAGUGGUCUCUCUCUCUGUCUCUGUUCGUGUGUGGGAGAGACAUAGUUUAAGCUUGUUUGGGAGCUCAAGAAGCAAUUCGUCGCAUUAUCCUCUUGCAGGCAUGGAUAAUGGCAUUCAUGAUAAGCUGCUGAGGUCAGAAGGGAAGGAGGUUGGUGAUUUGAAAGAAAGAGUCUACGACGAGUCGAAGAAGAUAUGGAGGAUAGCUCUUCCUGGCAUAGUUGCCAGAGUUGCAGCAUUUGGUGCCUUGAUUGUCACUCAAUCCUUCAUCGGCCACAUUAGCUCUGUUGAUCUUGCUGCUUACGCGCUUGUUCAGACGCUCACAGUUCGUUUCGCCAAUGGAAUUCUGAUUGGAAUGUCGAGUGCAACCGAGACUCUCUGUGGACAAGCAUACGGGGCGAAACAGUACCACAUGAUGGGGAUUUACCUGCAAAGAUCAUGGAUUGUGAACUUGAUAAUCUGCACCCUCUUGAUGCCUCUGUUCAUCUUCGGAGGGGCCAUAUUCCAUCUGCUAGGCGAAGAAUCUGACAUUGCAUCUGCAGCGGGGUACAUCUCGUGGUGGUUCAUCCCCAUGGUGUACAACUUCGUCUUCACUCUGACGAUCCAGAUGUAUCUGCAAGCGCAGCAGAAGAACAUCGUGGUUGCUUGGAUAUCCAUUGUGCAGUUCAUCGUGCAUGUGCUGCUCUCAUGGCUAUUCGUGUACCAUCUCAACUUGGGGAUUCCUGGCGCCAUGACCGCCCUCAACAUAUCGUCAUUGUUGGUGAGCUUUGUUGAGCUCGCGUAUAUCCUAGGAGGCUGGUGCCCUGAGACGUGGACGGGGUUCAGCAGCGCUGCUUUCAAGGAUUUGUUGCCCGUGAUCAAGCUCUCGAUCUCCUCUGGUGUCAUGGUUUGCUUGGAAUUGUGGUACAAUUCGAUACUGGUGUUGUUGGCCGGGUACAUGCACAAUGCUGAGGUUGCCAUAUCCGCAUUUUCCAUUUGCCUCAAUAUCAACGGAUGGGAGUUCAUGCUUUGCCUCGGAUUUCUUGGCGCUGCAUGUGUGCGGAUCGCAAAUGAACUGGGACGAGGAGAUGUUAACGCAACUAAGUUCUCUAUCAAAGUCCUUCUAUCCACUUCCGUGUUGAUUGGGGUGGUCUGCACCAUCCCCUGCUUGGCCUUCGGGCACAACCUGGGAUACUUGUUCACCAACGACGAGGCAGUCGUGAAGGCUGUUGCAAAUCUGUCUCAUCUUCUCGCCAUCUCGGUGCUGCUCAACAGUAUCUAUCCGGUGCUCUCAGGUGUGUCUGUUGGGGCAGGGCUGCAAGGAACGGUUGCGAUUAUCAACCUGUGCUGCUAUUAUAUAGUUGGAAUUCCGAUUGGGGCUCUACUGGGAUACAUUGCAGGUCUACAAGUUGAGGGAAUAUGGAUCGGAAUGAUCAUUGGAAUUCUAGUACAGACGCUGGCGCUGAGCUACAUGGCUUUUAAAACCGACUGGGACCUUCAGGUGAAGCUAGCCGCUGAACGGCUGCAGCGUUGGGCCCUCAAGUCACCGGAUAAAAACGACAGCGCUUGAAGAGAUGUUUGUAUCUACAGAUUUUUUAGGCUGCUAUAGAAUUUUGUUGUGUUACCUGACUACAUCAAAUCAAAUGCAAUGCAAUGCAAUUUCAUGCCACCUUUUUGCUCA